AAAGGAAUCCACUGAAAUGCCUCGGAGGACCCUAGAGCUGGCGCUAUGUGGAGGGAGAAUGCAGGUACAAAGCUGGCAAAGAUGAGGAAAAUUGGCUGUGCUCUCCUGGUACUUCAAGCUCUUCUGGCGCCUUUGGAUCUUGUUCAUGGAGCAGAGAAAAAUUAUCCUGUCCUUAACAUUGCAGUGAUUUUGGGAAGGACCAAGUAUAUCACCGAGAGAGAUAUCCGAGGUCUGUGGACCAGGGAAAUGUCAGCGGACCUGACAGUUGAUGUCAAUGUAGUGACCCUGCUGGUGAACCAGACUGACCCAAAGAGCAUCAUAACACACGUGUGUGACUUGAUGUCAGGCACCAAGAUCCAUGGAGUGGUUUUUGGAGAUGAUACGGAUCAGGAAGCAGUAGCUCAAAUUUUGGAUUUUAUUUCAUCUCAGACUUCUAUCCCGAUUCUUGGAAUUCACGGCGGGGCCUCCAUGAUAAUGGCAGACAAGGAUGUAAUGUCCACGUUCUUCCAGUUUGGGGCUUCCAUCCAGCAGGAGGCCAUCGUCAUGCUGAAGAUCAUGCAGGAUUAUGACUGGCACGUGUUUUCUCUGGUGACCACCACCUUCCCUGGCUACCGAGACUUCAUCAAUAUCAUUAAGACCACGGUGGAAAAUAGCUUUGUGGGCUGGGACAUGCAGAACACCAUCAUACUYGAUACUGCCUUUGGAGAUGCCAAGACCCAAAUCCAGCUGAAGAAAAUCCACUCCUCCGUCAUCCUGCUGUACUGCUCCAAGGACGAGGCUGUCUACAUCCUGGAUGAGGCUCGCUCCCUGGGCCUUACUGGCUAUGAUUUCUUUUGGAUAGUUCCCAGCCUCGUUAGCGGUAACACAGAAAUUAUCCCCAAGGAGUUUCCUUCGGGACUCAUUUCAGCAUCCUACGAYGAGUGGGACUACAGUUUGGAGGCGCGGGUGCGGGAUGGCCUGGGGAUUAUUGCCACAGCUGCAUCAGCCAUGUUGGAGAAAUAUUCCUUCAUUCCAGAAGCGAAGACGAGCUGUUAUGGACAGCUGGAGAAGAACGAGCGGCCCUCUCACACCUUGCACAAGUUUAUGAUGAAUGUGACKUGGGAAGGUAAAGAUUUGUCCUUCACGGCAGAUGGCUAUCAGGCACAUCCCCGGCUGGUGGUGAUAGUGCUCAACAACGACCGGGAAUGGGAAAAGGUGGGCAAGUGGGAGAACCACUCGCUGAGCCUCAAGUACUCGGUGUGGCCGCGCUACAGCUCCUUCGCGGACAGCGCCCCGGACGACAACCACCUGAGCAUCGUCACCCUGGAGGAGGCUCCCUUCGUCGUCGUGGAGGACGUCGACCCCUUGAUGGAAACGUGCCAGAAGAACACCGUGCCCUGUCGGAAGUUYGUCAGAAUUAACAACUCAACUAAUGAAGGGAUUAACGUAAAGAAGUGCUGCAAAGGAUUCUGCAUUGAUAUCCUGAAGAAGUUGUCCAAAACGGUCAAGUUCACAUACGACCUGUAUUUGGUGACUAAUGGGAAACACGGCAAAAAGGUCAAUAAUGUGUGGAAUGGAAUGAUUGGGGAAGUGGUCUAUCACCGGGCCGUCAUGGCUGUGGGAUCCCUCACGAUCAACGAGGAGCGCUCCGAAGUGGUCGACUUCUCCGUGCCGUUCGUCGAGACGGGGAUUAGCGUCAUGGUGUCCCGGAGCAAYGGCACGGUUUCCCCCUCGGCUUUUCUAGAGCCCUUCAGUGCUUCCGUGUGGGUCAUGAUGUUCGUGAUGCUCCUCAUCGUGUCCGCCAUGGCCGUCUUCAUAUUCGAGUACUUCAGUCCUGUCGGAUAUAACAGGAACUUGGCACAAGGGAGAGAUCCCCACGGACCAUCCUUUACCAUCGGAAAGGCAGUGUGGCUGCUCUGGGGCUUGGUGUUCAACAACUCUGUGCCUGUGCAAAACCCCAAAGGGACGACUAGUAAAAUCAUGGUGUCGGUCUGGGCCUUCUUUGCUGUCAUUUUCCUGGCUAGCUACACUGCCAACCUGGCUGCCUUCAUGAUCCAAGAGGAAUUUGUUGACCAAGUGACUGGACUAAGUGACAAAAAGUUUCAGAGGCCACACGAUUAUUCACCUCCUUUUCGGUUUGGAACCGUUCCAAAUGGAAGCACAGAGAGGAACAUCAGGAACAACUACCCAGAUAUGCACCUCUACAUGACCAAGUACAAUCAGAAAGGAGUCGAAGAUGCCUUGGUCAGCCUGAAAACUGGGAAGCUGGAUGCUUUCAUCUAUGAUGCAGCGGUGCUGAAUUACAAAGCUGGGAGAGAUGAAGGCUGCAAACUUGUCACGAUAGGAAGUGGGUACAUCUUUGCCACCACAGGCUAUGGAAUAGCACUUCAGAAAGGAUCACCUUGGAAGAGACAGAUUGAUCUAGCCCUCCUUCAGUUUGUUGGAGAUGGGGAAAUGGAAGAGCUGGAAACGCUGUGGCUCACUGGCAUUUGCCACAACGAGAAGAACGAAGUCAUGAGCAGCCAGCUGGACAUCGACAACAUGGCUGGAGUGUUUUACAUGCUGGCAGCAGCCAUGGCCCUCAGCUUAAUCACCUUCGUUUGGGAGCACUUGUUCUACUGGAAACUUAGGUUCUGCUUCACUGGAGUCUGCUCUGAUAGGCCGGGGCUGUUGUUCUCCAUCAGCAGGGGUAUUUAUAGCUGCAUUCAUGGAGUACACAUCGAAGAAAAAAAGAAGUCUCCUGACUUUACUUUGACCAACUCCCAAACCAACAUGCUAAAACUACUACGAACAGCAAAAAAUAUGACCAAUAUUAACCCUUCAAGAAUCAACUCCCCCAAAAGAACAGCAGAUUUUAUUCAAAGGGGUUCCUUGAUUAUGGACAUGGUCAUGGAUAAAGGAAACUUGAUAUUUGCAGAUAACAGGUCCUUUCAAACCAAGGACAACUUCUUUGGUGACACCAUGAAUGAACUGCAGACACUUCCUGGCAGUCGACACAAGGACAAUCUCAACAACUACGUUUUCCAAGGUCAGCAUCCUCUCACACUGAAUGAGUCCAAUCCAAACACAGUUGAAGUUGCGGUAGCAGCAGAAGGAAAAGGGAACUCCAGACCCAGGCAGCUUUGGAGGAAAUCUGUUGAAUCUUUACGUCAAGAAUCUGUACGUCAGGGCCAAGGUCCCCAAAGAGAAAAUGGGUCAGAGGAAAACAGGCAGCUUUCAMUGAAAAGCCAAAGAUACCUCCCCGAAGAGAUUGUCCAUUCAGAUGCGUCAGAGACAUCAAGCCGAGCCACUUGCCAUAUGGAAGCUGAAAACAACAACAAGCACCACAAAACCAAGGACAACUUUAAAAAAAGGACGGUGGCAUCAAAAUACCCCAAGGACUGUAGUGAAGUGGAACUGACGUAUCUGAAAACCAAGCAAAGCUCUCCACGGGAUAAAAUCUACACCAUUGAUGGUGACAAGGAGCCAGGAUUCCGCUUGGAUGCACCCCCGUACAUUGAAAACAUCGUCCUUCCCGAAGCCAUCGAGUUUCCCGACGUUUACCAAGAUCACAAUGACAACUACCGGAAAGCAGAGCACAUGAACAGGACUCCCCUGCAUAACGAAGACAGUCUUCCAAAUAAUGACCAGUACAAACUUUAUUCAAAGCACUACACCUURAAAGAUAAAAAUGCUUCCUUAGUCGAUAUGAACGAUAGGUACAGGCAGAAUUCCACGCACUGUCGGAGCUGCCUUUCCAGUUUGCCCUCUUACGCGGGACACUACACGAGCAGAUCUCCCUAUAAAUGUGACGCGUGCUUGCGGACCGGCAACCUCUAUGACAUUGAUGAAGAUCAAAUGCUGCAGGACACAACGAACUUAUCACUUCCCGAAGAAGUAUAUGAGCAUGGUUCAUGGGCACAGAAUAAUGCUCUGCAAUAUCAUAAAAAAAAUAAGCUGAGGAUUAGCAGGCAGCACUCGUUCGAUAAUAUCCUCGAUAAGGCCGGGGAAACGGAUAUGGGAAGACCUCGUAGUAUAAGCUUGAAAGACAAAGAGAAGUUUCUAGAAAGUAGCCCAUAUGCAAACAUGUUUAGUGUUCCCUCAAGCAAACUGUUGAGCAACAAGGCCCCAUUUUUAACCCGUGCUCUCGAGGACAGUAAGCGGAGCAAGUCCCUGUAUCCUGAUCACGGCGCGGAUAACCCCUUCCUGCACUCGUAUCGUGAUGAGCAGCACUUAUCCCUUAGGCGGAGCCCGGUUGAUCUUUAUAAACAUUCAUUGCCAUCAAGAGGAAGAAACGAUAAUUAUUUAAGGUCCUCUAUAAAAUCUACAGCAUCAUAUUGUUCCAGAGAUGGUCGGAUACAUAAUGACAUGUACAUGUCAGAGCAUGUUUUGCCUUAUGCUGCAAAUAAGAAUAGCGUGUACUCAACUCCAAGGGUUUUAAAUUCCUGUAGCAAUAGACGUGUGUAUAAGAAAAUGCCUAGCAUUGAAUCAGAUGUUUAAAUUUUCCUUGAAUACUUCAUCUAUAGGGAAAAAUAGUUGCCACCAUCUUAGAGGGAGAAUUUAUCCUUUAACAGUAUCCUGCUAUGGUAAAU